AUGGCUGAUGAUAGUAAUAAAUCGGUUCAACCUAUUGACUCAAGCAACAAAACAAGUGGUAAUAACUUCAAUGAACUACUUUUGCCAGACGAUGCUGCAACUUCAAUCGAAACAGUCGUGCCUUCUACACCAACAACAACAACGGCUGGUAAAUAUAUACAAUUGUCAAAUAAACAUAUUUAUUCUGUGAAUUAUUCAGCUUUAAACGUGGAAAUAUUGCCUUCAAAUUCGAAUAAUGCUAGCACUAUUUCUGAUAACAAUGCUGGCAAAGUGCCAAGUGAUAGAAACAAUAAAACAGUACAAGAACCUUCACAAACACCUGAUCAGUCACCUGUUCAAGCGUGCUCUAAAGCUAUUAAUAGUCAACAAAAGCAACGACAUAUCAUGAUCAGCUAUCAUCGUAAAUCAUCAUUAGAUAUUUGUGAAAAAAUCUGUAAUCGACUAAAGGAUCUAAAUUAUAAAGUAUGGAUGGAUAAGAAUAAUUUGCAUGGAGGUAUACAUGAAGCAAUGGCUAGAGCAAUUGAAAAUUGUUUCGUUGUUCUUGUCUGCUUCAAUCAUGAAUAUUGUGACAGUUAUUAUUGUAAACGAGAAUCGAAUCCAUCUAGAAUUAAUGAAAUUACACCUACUCAUUUGAAUACAAUUAUCUCUGAUUGUCAAGAAUUAUUUGGCAUGAGCGAUAAUGAUUUACAGGCACUUACAAAGGACGAACUUAUUCAACGUAUUACUCGUUUACGUCAACAAUAUUUCAGUGAUACUACAUCGUUACGAAAACCUAGCAAUAAUAGUAGUCAUCAACAGGAAAGUUCUCACAAAUCUGAUUAG